AUGUCUGGAGAAGGAAGUAAACCGUAUGCAACUAAAGAUGAUGCCUAUGCAUAUCUCAGGGCUGUGAAGGAUAAGUUUCCUAACGAUGGAAAAAAAUAUAACGAUUUUCUUAUAAUUAUGAAUAAUUUUAAAGCUGGGAGAAUUGAUAGGAAUGGUUGCAUAGAAGAGGUGAAGGAACUUUUUAAAGGACAGGGAGACUUGAUUUCGGGUUUCAAUAUUUUCUUGCCAAGGUGUUUGGAGAUUGCUGAUUGGCCCAACGUAGAGGGUAGAUGA